AUGAAGGUCCUAUAUGUCAUUUUAAUGUGUGUUAUUGCUUCACCUAGCUUAUAUGCUAGAAAAACACCUCAAGCAAAUUCUACCUUUAAUGUUAUUACAUAUGGUGCCAUUGGGGAUGGCAAUACUGAUGAUACAAAUGCAUUUGUUAAAGCAUGGAACGACGUGUGUAGUACUAAUUUGGGCACCCCAACAUUGAUCAUACCUGAAAACAAAACAUUUGUGUUGCAACAAGUGUUGUUUCAAGGUCCUUGUAAAUCUGCAACCGUUACAAUUAAGCUUCAAGGAACUAUCAAUGCCCCAAACUUCAGUAAGGCUUCAAAAUGGAAAGUUGAUGGAGGGGGAAAAUGGUUGAAGUUCUCACACAUAAAUGGCCUUGUUGUCAAUGGAGGGGGACAAAUUAAUGGUCAAGGUGAAGGAUGGUGGAAGAAGUUUCCUAAAAAUCGUGAAAGUAAAAGGCCAACUGCUCUUCAAUUCAUUGGAUGUCAAAAUCUAACAGUAAGCAACUUGACUCACAUCAAUAGUGCGAAGAAUCAUAUAAGCAUAACUUCAUGCCAAGGAGUUUCCAUAUCCAAUCUUCAUAUAGUUGCACCAGGCAAUAGCCCUAACACCGAUGGCAUCGAUAUCUCAUCGUCAACUAAUGUCGCCGUUACAAAUUCAAAUAUUGAAACUGGUGACGAUUGCAUCGCUAUAAACAAUGGUUGUAGCUUCAUCAAUAUAUCUGGUAUUUUUUGUGGGCCAGGUCAUGGCAUCAGUGUUGGUAGUCUCGGAAAAGGCGGAUCACGUAAUACAGUUGAAGAGGUAUAUGUAAAAAAUUGCACCUUCAAUGGGACAACAAAUGGAGCGAGAAUCAAGACAUGGCCGAGAGGACGUGGGUAUGCGAAGAAUAUCAGAUACGAAAAUAUCAAACUUAUUGGAGUCAAGAAUCCUGUGAUUAUUGACCAAACUUAUCACCCUCUUGAUAAUUAUGAUAAUGGCAGCGAAACAUUGAAAGUGAGUAAUGUUACUUACAAGAACAUUUGGGGAACCUCAAUUAGUAAGGAUGCAAUCCAACUUAAUUGUGGACCAGAAGAUGGCUGCACAAACAUUGUACUCAAUCAUAUUAACAUAACAGGUGUUGGUAAAGGCAAAACAUUUGCAACUUGCACUAAUGCACAUGGAUCAUGCUCUUCAAGUUCUCCAAAUGUCCCAUGUCUUUCUGGAAAAAUAUAA